AUGGGAUCCAUGGGAAUCAGCGACGUCACAGCUGCAAUUGUAGACAUCGACCAUGUUGUGCCCAAGAUUGAGCCAAUAGACGAUACUCUAACUCCUGAAUCAGAGUCGUCGUCUUCUCCCGAGCCGGAGAGUGCGACCAUCCCGCAUGAAGGAACUUCUACCUCACAAGAGCCAGCUCCUGUGCCUAAGCGAAAAGGAGGUCGAAAGCCUAUAUAUGCUACUUCCGAGGAAAGGAAGCAGAGGAAUAGACAAGCACAAGCAGCCUUUCGAGAGCGUCGUACUGAGUAUAUCAAACAGCUCGAAACAACGAUCCAGCAACAUGAAGAGAACCUCGCCAACUUACAGCAAAGUCAUCGCACAGCUGCGGACGAGUGUCUUAUGCUGAGAUACAAGAACUCGCUACUUGAGCGGAUUCUCCUUGAAAAGGGCAAGUACAGCACUCUACCACUGUUUAGAUGCUAA